AUCGUGGGAUACCUGGCGUUUGAUUCGACGGGUUCACUGCUCUGCACCGCAUGCUCGCAGGGUCAUGCCUUCCACGUUUUCCGUAUCUCUAACCAUCCUCGUGAUCCGCGUGAGAGCGCUGUGCAUCAUCUCUACACCCUUAACCGCGGCUCCACACCUUGCGAGGUGAUUGAUGCGUGCUUCUCGCCAGAUUCGCGAUGGCUCGCAGUCAGUAGUAACCACGGCACCACCCACGUCUUUCCCAUUACUCCCUACGGCGGUCCCAUCACUGUGCGGACGCACAAACGCUCUCGGGUGGUAAAUCGGACCUCGAGGUACCAUAGAUCUUCAGGGCUGGAAGAGCAUCAUCUCACGCGACCUCAGCCGUCGCGUGGCUUGGAGCCCGUCUCCUCCUCCUCCUCUGCCUCGGUUUCUGCUGCCGCUGUCUCCUCAGUCUCCUCCGCCUCUGCUUCUGUGGGGAGUGAUUUGAAUUGGGGUAGCACAGGGUGUCGAUCGGCAGGAGCAGCUACCACUUUGGGCGUGUCCGACAAUAUGGCAACUUGUGGUCGAUUUGGAGGUGUUGAUAAUGCCACCAGUCCUAGAGAGUCGCCGAUCAAGGGUAAAAUCUAG